AAUGGACCACGCCCAUCCAAAUAGGACGCUAAUUGGUGCUGUUUAACAACGCAGAGGCUUGUCUUGCCACCAGAACGACCCCCGGAUCCUUUUCGCGAUUGAUAUGAGUCGGCGUGACGGCCAGAUUCUUCGGUCUCAUAACUACCCGAAGUAUCCUCACGUCCUUCACCUGCCUCGUGCUCCUAAGCAGACGAUGCGACAGGCCGGGUGAGGGAAAUAUCAGGACCGAAUCGUGAAUCCCCCUGAGCAUUGCUGUCUUCAGGGAUCGAAGACGUAAAACAGAGUGGAUCCGUCUAAUAUCCCAGGCCGUCAGACUGAGUAGUCGCGUCGGACCUCCAGUGGUCAUGAUCUCACCCCGGCCUAUUCUUGAAAGCUGGCGACGUUCUCGUCCAGACGUGGCAUCGGAGCACGUGCAUGGCCUCUUCCCAACCAGUGGACCCUCUGGCCACGGGUCGCAUGUGCAAGUCCCUUCUUGGGUACUCCCUCCAUACCCGAGCAGGCAGGUCUCUUCUGCUGCCCGGGUACUCCGUACUCUCCGCAUCAUUCUCGUCACCCUUUGCGGAGCCAGGCGUCCGAGGCACGCCCCUCGCCAAUCGUUGACUUUUCGAUUAUGUACCGGCGUCAGCUCUACGGCCAUUGCCGUUAUUUUGCAUCAUUCUAUCGGCCUGCUGGGAGUCUUCGUAGCGGGGCAAAGCCACCACACGCAAUUACCUGCCCCGCAAUGCACUUAUGGUCUGUGCCCGGAGUGUCGCUCGUCACGACAGGUUGUUCCUUCGGGCUAUUUGACUGGGAACCGCUAAUGGUACUGGGCAUGGUGAUCUUGGCUGGAAUCCUGGACCCAGCAUGACUACCUUGUCUC